CCAAGCCAAGUACAUGCAUACAUACUCUUCAAAGCCUCCAAACUUUGAAACCUUGAAACUCUUACAAGAUGAAGAACUCUCUGGAUCCUCUUAAUUCCCUAUUAAAACCCCUCAUUCAUCACCCGGCCUCUUCACCCAUUAUUCCUUAACCAUCUUAACUUCUCUCCAUCUCUCUCUUUUAAACUGUCCUUAUUAUGGGCACUCUUGUAGGACAUGUUGCCCCAGGGUUUGGGUUCCUUCUCAUUGGCUUAUGGCACUUAUUCAAUAACACAAAGCUCUAUAGUCUCAAUCCCAACACCUACAUCUCUCUCCCAUGGUUCCCUUCACCUUUACUCAAAUACCUUGAGCUUAUUCUCAUCAUGAUUGGCAGCUCUAUAUCUGUUUCCAUGGAGCUUUUCAUUGGCCCUGCAGACCACCAACCUUUUGACAAAGAUGGUACCAUCCCUUCCAACCACUUGCACAACUUUGAGCAUGCUUCCAUCUCUCUCACCUUCUUCAUCUAUGCUUUCUUUACCAUGGUGUUUGAUCAUGUGAAACUCAAGUCCAAGGACUCCAUGACUCAGCUUCUUGGUGCACUGGCUUUUGGACAACAACUUCUCUUGUUUCACUUGCACUCUUCUGAUCAUAUGGGAGUUGAAGGACAGUAUCAUUGGCUUCUCCAAAUAGUGAUCUUUUUAUCUCUUUGUACAACCAUACUUAGCAUAGCCUUCCCCAAGAGCUUCACUGUUGCUUUCACAAGGUCUGCAAGUAUUGCUUUUCAAGGUGUUUGGUUCAUUGUCAUGGGGUUUGCUCUUUGGACUCCUGGGUUCAUUGCCAAAGGGUGUUUUAUAAACAGUGAGGAUGGACACCAAGUAGUGCGCUGCCAUGAUGAUGAGUCUUUGCACAGGGCUAAGUCUUUGGUUAACAUUCAGUUUAGCUGGUUCACUGCUGGGUUUGCUGUGGUUUUAAUGGUGUUGUUCUUGUUAAUGAACCACAAGUAUUCAGAGUUAUCACAAGAACAGUAUGUGUCUUUGGAUAAUAAGACUAGUGAUGAGGAAGAAGAAGACUUGGAAGGCCAAAUGAAACUUCAAGAGACUUCUAGCUUUAUUCACAUGGGGAAAGGAUUCAUGAAGUCUAUGGAUCUUGAAAGGUGAAAUUAAGAGAUUAAUUAUUAGGUUUUAAUUAUGUCUCUUGAUAAGUUGUAGUGUGUGUAUAUAACUAUACAUGUGUCUUUCUUGAUUUCUUUUUCUUCAUUCUUCUUCUUCUUCUUCUUCUUCUUCUUCUUCUUAAUUUUCUCUAUUCCAUAUUCAAAGUGUGUGUAAGAUAUAUAUAUACAGUGAGAGGGGGGAAAAAGGUGUAAUUAAAUUAAACAUUAAAUUCAUUUUAUCUUUUAUCUUUUUUUAAGGUUUCCAUG